AUGAAAUUAGAUUUCGUUCACUACUAUGAGAACGCGGUGAUACCUCAAAAUAUUUUAGUAUCCUUACCUUUGAAAUUAGAGGAUGAUGAUUUGUUGGCCAAACCUAGACGGGGGAAAAUGCCGACCAGGCCCCCAAAUAAUUUUUUAAUAUUCAGGAUCGCAUACAUCAAGGUCCUGCAAUCUAAAGGUUAUUGGGAUUUAAGGAUGAGGGAAGUCACUUCCAACGCUGCUGCGGCUGGGAAGAACGCAUCAAAAGAGGUACGAGAGGAAUGUCAAAAAUUAGCUCUCAUAGCUACUAAGAAGAAACACGAGGAAGUUUAUGGAUCACCUCCUUGACAAACACGAAGACGUCGUCUGCCCAUAAUACGAAUUUAAAUGCAUCAUUUUAUUCUGAUGAUUUGAUGCCAAUUUUUUGGCAAAAUAUUCUAAAUGUAAAAAGCAUAGAACAAAACAAC